AUGCGACAGCGGAUGGAAGAGUUGGACGCCGCGCAAGAGGAUAGCCCUAAACAGCUGUUUCGCCCACAAAAGGAGACCGACACAAGAAUGCUCGAGAUCGUGGAAAACGACGCCAUGAAUACUCUCUGUCGCAUGGUGAUGUCAUUGAGCGAUGUCGUUUACAAUUUGAUUACCCUUAAAAUCUGCUCGACAGAGGCCUUGGACUUUUCUUUCGUCGGUCCGCAGACGUUCGAAUCCAUCCUGCCAACGCUCGAGAACUUAGACACGCUUGUACUCAGCGUCGGCGAAGUUUUCGGGGACUACGACGUGCUUCCAUCGCAGCUGUACAAAUCUUUCCCGCCGAACCUGACCACUCUUCGACUCAGAGGCCCAGGGUCUCUGGUCACAUCCGAACACUGGAAAGGAUGGGUGGAGUCCUUUGGUUCUCCUGACUUUUUACCGAAGCUCAAGAAAUUGAGCUUUGUUCUUGACCUAGAUUAA